AUGCAUUUCUACACUGCCGUCCUCAUCUUCGCCGGUGCCGCCUUCACCAACGCGGCUUCCAUCCAGGGCCGCCAACAAGCCCCCACCGCCGCGUGCACCGCUGCCCGCAACCGCAUCGUCAGCGCGCUCGAGGAUGCCGACGCCGGCAUUGAGCGGAUUCAGGAUCCCGCCACCGCGAGCGCCGCCGCGUCCGCCCUAGAGCAGGCCCAGGACGGUAUCCAACAGAUUGCCGCGGCCAUCAGGGCCGGCCAAGCUCCCCUGCGGACCAGAGAAACGAAGUGCAGGCUGGCCUCACCGCCCUCGGCCAGGCCUUGGCUGCCGCUGACCAGAAUGAUGCUGCAGUGUUCACGGUUACGAGUAGAUCGUUGUACAUCCUGA